CAUUGGUCUGAUGUUCCCUGCCUGUCCUCCUCCUCUCCUCCUCUGCCUCCUCAAGUUUCCCGACAUUCCCCCAAGCCUGUUCCUGACUCUCGGGACUUUUGCAGAAACCCACAAUCAGACCAACUGAUCUUUGUGUUUCUCACUUUUCUGUCUUCCCUCUAGAUUUUCUGGAGUUCGAGCUUCCCUUGACAACACAGAUGACGCUGGACCCACAGACGGCCCACGCCAGGCUUUAUCUCUCGGAGGACUGCAAGCUUGUGCGGUGGGAUUGCUGUGAGCAGGACCUGCCCUACAACCCAUGGAGGUUCAAAGUCAAGCAGUGUGUGCUGGGCUCGAGGGGCUUCACAUCGGGGUGGCACCGCUGGGACGUGGAGGUGCACGGAAAAGGCUAUUGGGGUAUCGGGGUGGCCAAGGAGUCAGUUCCAAGGGACCGUUCCUUUGUCCUGAAGCCCAAAGAGGGGAUAUGGGCUCUGUGUCAUAUUGGAAACUACUACACAGCUCUGACCUCUCCUGAUGCCACCCCCUUGACCCUACGCAGUGUCCCCAAGCGGAUACGAAUCUGCUUGGACUAUGAGAAAGGGAGGGUGCUGUUUUUUGAUGCCGAGAGCAAAGAACAGAUCUUUGCUUUUCCACCAGCAUCUUUCCAAGGGCAGAGAGUCUUCCCGUGGUUCAUGGUGGACGACGAUGCUCAACUCAAACUUCUUCUGUAAUGCACAGCACAAAAAAACUCCAAAAAACCCGCAAAGCCACCAAGUUACCCUUGGGAAAGAAACCAGGAGCUGGGUUUUGUCCCAAUCCCACCAAAGGGACAGGAAAGGGGAGCGGUGUUCAGGUUCCUUUCCUUCUGUGCAAAGUGGGAGCAUUUCUGUGCCUUCAACUCUAUUUUGAUCUUUUAAUCGCUGUUUAAUCACUAAGUGCUUGUUACAUAAUGGCUGCAAACUUGCCCUGAUUAGGAGUUAAACAUAAAAGUUCAAUUCUAAACCA